UCUCGUAUCAAUCCCAAAUCCGCUCUAUUAUUAUUUUUAUUUUUUAUUCGCUGAAAUACAAACGAACAGUUGGAAGACUUCCCAUUCCUACCAAACAAGCCCUUCAUCAAAAUUCAGCUCAGCUCACAGCUUCUCCAAUUCCAUUCAUACAUACAUACAUACAUACAUACAUACAUACAUGGGAAUCUGCUAAACUCUCCCCAAAAAUCCCUCCUUUGCUUUCCCCGUCACAACUCCUCUGUUCUUUAGUCAAACCCGGAAGAGGAAUCCCCGGCUGAUGCUCUCCCAUCGAUUCCACACAUCAUCCCCAAUCCAAUUCCGAUCGCAGAUCACAGAUUCCGCUGCUUUUCCCGGAUUACGGACUCUCUGGAUCGUCCGAGGAGGAUGAAUUUCAGGAGCUUCGACGAGUUCUGGCCCUUUUACGUGACGCAGCACUCGAAGCCGGCCACGAGGCGGUGGCAUUUCGCGGGCACCCUUCUCAGCAUCCUGUUCUUGAUUUGCUCUGUGCUCUUCAGCUGGUGGUUCCUGAUCUUCGUGCCGGUAUCGGGCUACGGGUGCGCCUGGUACAGCCACUUCUUCGUCGAGGGGAACGUCCCCGCGACGUUCGGGCACCCUGUGUGGUCGCUCCUGUGCGAUUACAAGAUGUUCGCAUUGAUGCUCACCGGGAAGAUGGAUAGGGAGAUUAAGAGGCUGGGGAAGAGGCCCGUGUUGCAGGCCUUCUAAUCGAUGUCGACCCGAUGUAGGGAGCUUCUCCUGCUGGUUGUCCUUGCAAAAUUGGAACUGGAGGGAUACAUGUACCAUACAGAGCUGGGGAUGUAUAUCUGCUUCUUGCUGUGAUUCGCGUGAGAUAUUGCAAUACUCGAAAUAAUUUUUGUAGCGAAACAAAACCUUACACGAUGAACUUAGACAUAUGUAUUGAUGUUGGAAGAUGCAUCCAUUCGGGUGCGAGUAAGCUUAUAUAUGCAGCAAGGUUCAUUCACGUCUUCGCGAAAGGUAUGAUCACUCUGAUUUGAAUUGCGAGACUACGAGCUAGCCGGGGGAGCUUAUACUGUACCGUACUUCAUGAAAUGAAUUGUCAGCUCCGCUCGGACCAAGAGGCUUUCGGUUGAAAGUGCAGCAGAGGGACAGAACAUUUUGUGAAACUAUUGAUUUAUGUGCAAUUUCCCCUUUAUUAUUAUUAUUAUUAUUUUAUUUUUUUUUUCAUGUAUGAUCCAUCGGAUAGAUGACCGAGAUACAGUCUGUUUUAUUUAGGAACCAUGCUUCUACAGAGCUAUCUAGGACUAAGUAUACUGCAUGGCGUGUUUGAUUAGCAACGAAACCAUGUCAUGGGACGAGCAUGACUUACCGUGUU